AUGAUGGAUGAUGGGGAUGAUGGGGGUGAUGGGGAUGAAGGGGCUGAUGGAGAUGAUGGAGAUGAUGGGGGUGAUGGGGAUGAAGUGGGUGAUGGAGAUGAUGGAGAUGAUGGGGAUGAUUGGGAUGAUGGGGGUGAAGGGGGUGAUGGAGAUGAUGGAGAUUAUGGGGGUGAUGGGGAUGAUGGGGAUGAUGGAGUGAUGAUGGAGAUGAUGGAGAUGAUGGGGAUGAUGGGGAUGAUGGGGAUGAUGGGGGUGAUGGGGAUGAAGGGGGUGAUGGGGAUGAUGGGUGUGAUGGGGAUGAUGGAGAUGAUCGAGAUGCUUGGGAUAAUGGGAGUGUAG